GCAACGAGCAGAAGCGGGGCUCGGCGCGAUGAAGGCGGCUGCUAGAACUAAAACCCCUAGGAAGUAUGCAGUGAAGAAGGCAUCCAGCAACAGCUUGAAGGACCCUGUUGGGGUGUACUGCCGGGUGCGGCCAGUCAGCGUGCCUGAUCAAGAGUGCUGCAUAGAAAUGGUCAGUAGCACAACAGUCCAAGUUCACCCGCCUGAUGGAUACCGCAUCACCCGCAAUGGGGAGUAUAAAGAGGUUCAGUAUUCAUUUAAAGAAGUGUUUGGCACCAGCAUUUCUCAGAGACGUGUGUUUGAUGUGGUUGCUAGACCUCUAGUGGAAGACCUUAUCCAUGGAAAAAAUGGUCUCCUUUUUACCUAUGGCGUCACAGGGAGUGGGAAAACCCACACGAUGACAGGUUCUCCUGGUGAUGGCGGGCUGCUUCCUCGCUGCCUAGACAUGAUCUUCAACAGCAUAGGGCCUCUUCAGGCUAAACGAUAUGUUUUCAAGCUGGAUGACAAGAACGGGGUGGAGGUGCAGUGCGAGGUUGACGCUUUGCUUGAACGCCAAAAAAGAGAAGCUCUUCCAAUUCCAAAGACUCCAUCUGGCAACAAACGGCAAAUAGACCCUGAAAUUGCUGACAUGAUUAACGUGCAAGAUAACUGCAAAGUGGACGAAGUUGAUGAUGAUAAUGUUUACAGCGUGUUUGUCUCCUACAUCGAGAUCUAUAACAACUACAUCUAUGACCUUUUGGAAGACCCCCCCUUUGAUCCCACCAAACCAAAGUGGAACACCUGUGGCACUCCGGUGCGGAACGUUGACUUUAUGCUGCCCCAAUCCAGAACUCUCCGUGAGGAUCAGAAUCACAAUAUGUAUGUUGCAGGAUGCACCGAGGUCGAAGUCAAGUCCACCGAGGAAGCUUUUGAAGUCUUCUGGAGAGGCCAAAAGAAGAGACGCAUUGCAAAUACUCAGCUGAAUCGUGAAUCCAGCCGUUCGCAUAGCGUCUUUCUGAUUAAACUGGCCCAGGCACCAUUGGAUGCAGAUGGCGAUAAUGUUCUACAGGAGAGAGAGCUAAUCACCUUGAGCCAGUUAUCGUUGGUUGACCUGGCAGGAAGUGAGCGAACAAACAGAACCAAAGCAGAAGGGAGCCGGCUGCGUGAAGCAGGCAAUAUUAAUCAAUCAUUAAUGACAUUAAGAACCUGUAUUGAGGCACUGCGGGAGAACCAAACCUACGGGACCAAUAAGAUGGUCCCUUAUCGAGACUCCAAGCUGACCCAUCUUUUCAAGAAUUACUUUGAUGGAGAAGGAAAAGUGCGUAUGAUUGUCUGCGUGAACCCAAAGGCUGAAGACUACGAUGAGAGUUUGCAAGUAAUGCGAUUUGCAGAAAUCACGCAAGAAGUAGAGGUUGCAAGACCUGCCGAUAAGCCGCUGUGUGGAUUAACCCCCGGUCGGCGGUUUAAGAACCAGGCCUUCAGGGAGGAGCUGUCCCGGCAGCUGGAACUUCGAGGCGGACCGAUUGACAGAGAUUGGGAGCCGUCUGCCACAGAGAGGCUUCUGCAGAGUUUCCCCCCAAUACCUUCUUGUGAACUCCUGGACAUCAAUGACGACCAGACCCUACCUCAGCUGAUUGCAGUGCUGGAGCAACGGCAUCACGCCCGACAGAUGUUGUCGGAGCAGUUGGCCAAAAACGUGAUUUCUGUGAAGGGCAUGCUGCAAGAACUUGAUGCCAGCAUAGUCUCCAAAGAGAACGUGGCGCAAGUGAAAAUGGCCGAGAGAGACAAAGUCAUCUCCGCCCAAAAAACGGAGCUGGAGCGCCUCGAAAAGAAAGCACGGACGCUGGAAUACAAGGUUGACAUCUUGGAGAAAACAACGGCCAUUUAUGAAGAGGAGAAGCGCAACUUGCACCAGGAGCUGGACAGCAAGAGCCAGAAGCUGCAGCGCCAAGUUUCUGACAAGCGUCGGCUAGAGGCCCGGCUGCAGGGCAUGGUGACGGAGACGACGCAGAAGUGGGAGAAGGAAUGUGAGCGGCGGGUGGCAGCUAAGCAGCUUGAGAUGCAGAACAAGCUCUGGGUGAAAGACGAGAAGCUCAAGCAACUCAAAGCCAUCGUCACAGAGCCGAAGAGCAGCAAGCCAGAGAGGCCUUCUCGGGAGAAGGACCGGGAGAAGGCGCCGCAGAGAUCCUUGUCCCCUCCUCCGGUCCCUUUUUCCAGUAACUCUGUCAGUCAGCUCCCUAACAACAACAAUCCUCGCCUGCCUGCCGCAAGCCAGCCACAGCUGCACAGGCGCUCUAACUCUUGCAGCAGCAUUUCCGUGGCCUCCUGCGUCUCGGAAUGGGAGCAGAGGACGCCUACUCACAGCAGCCAGCAGCCCGGCGGUGGCAUGCCCAGAGGCAGGAGUAGACUGCCGGAGCCAGAGCAAGCUAGGCACGGUGUCAUGUCAGACAGAAGGCGGGGCAUGUGCUGGACCGGAGCCCUCGAGGUCCCCGGCGGUAGAGAGGCGCUAGAGGUAGAAGAGGACCUGUGCUGCAGGAACGCGCCGCCAGUUCGUCUCCGGCACAGGCGUUCUCGCUCGGCUGGGGAGAGGUGGGUGGACCACAAGCCUCCCUCCAACGUGCAGACGGAAACUGUCAUGCAGCCCCACGUGCCCCACGCCAUCACCGUGGCGGCUGCAAAUGAAAAGGCCCUGGCCAAGUGUCAGAAAUACAUGCUGACCCACCAAGAGCUGGCGUCUGAUGGGGAGAUAGAGACAAAGCUCAUCAAGGGCGACGUGUACAAGACCAGAGGGGGUGGGCAGGCCGUCCAGUUCACCGAGAUUGAAACCCUGAAGCAGGAAUCCCCGACAGGUCGCAAGCGAAGAUCCUCUCCCUCAAGCCCUCUGCCACCGGAUGAGGCUACCGAGUCGGAAUGGACAGACGUGGAAACGAGAUGUUCUGUUGCAGUGGAGAUGAAGGCAGGAUCUCAUCUUGGACCAGGAUAUCAGCACCAUGCUCAGCCCAAACGCAGAAAACCAUGAAGCGUUCUGUUGGGCAUCCUGUGUCAGAGAGUGUUUCAGGCUACAUAGCUGGCUAUGCUAGACUGUGGCUAAAGAAGUGUCAAAUAUAUAAUAAAAGUGCACUUUUGGCUCUGCUCUACAUCGUAACGUUGCGGAAGGUGGCCUUAUUCCAUUCUGUUACCUUUCGACUGUCUUUUUGUAAGGCUGCCUCUUGCAUACGAGCCCAACCCUGUCUUCUUGCCACCUUUACCACAAAUAGUUUAACUCUCUUUCCAUGUGUGGAUUUUUUUUUUUAAAAAAAAGACUGUAUUAAACAAAAAACAUGCUGUUAUUUAUUUAGCUGUCCUAAUGCAUUUUAGGACUAUCUUGGUGCCGGUUCUGAGCUGUAGUCCUGCUUUAGCAAUAGCGCUCUUUCAGUUCAAGGCGUUGCUGUCCUAGCACUGGGCGCCGUCCUGUACCUGCGGACAGGUGUGAAGACGGCCUUGUCUCCUGCUGUGUGUUCUGUGCAGCAGGAAGGCAUGAACUGUGUUGGGGUUGGUGACCUUCUCUAUUCCUUUGCCUGCUAUGCAUGAUUUUAACAUAUUGUGUUCGCUAGACAACUGUGUAGUGAGAGGAUUAUAUGUCCAUGUGUGGUUUUAGAUUGAAUUUGCAAAUAAAACCUUCAUUCACA